CGAGCGCUCUCCGACAGUCUACUCCGGUCUCUCGGCAACGAGAGUUAACGAAGAAUUCCCGCGAGGUCCGCUCGUUCUCUUGCGGUUUCAUUCCGUCCGCGGCCUCGAAAUAUCCCACCCUGGGCCCGCCGAUUUUUCUAUUAUAUUUCCUAUAUCUUGAUUUUUGUAUUUCGCGUGGGUGCCACGUGGCUUGGUGAGACACGACCCCGUAUACACGAAAUAGUGUUAAGUCCCUUUGUUUUUUAUCGCCGCCGCGGAGUGGACAUUUGAUAAGCCUCGUUUACUUGGAUAAGUCGCAGGGAUACGUGCAAAAAGAGCGCAUAAAACACGAAUUGGACGAUACCACCUGAUGCGCAAAGUUACCAAUCCCCGAGGUCCGUCAACUUCGGCGAAGCGAUUCGACGUCACUUUGGUGCCUUUAACUCGGGAAAAGUUUUCCCAAUUCCCCGGGUUCUUCUGAUAAGUGCCCGUUGCCGGCGCUUGACGUGUUUACGUGAAACGCGAUAGUCCCUCGAUUCGAUCUAUCGAUCGAGGUCUGCCGUGUUCGAGAAAUUGAGCCUAUCAACGCUGCGAACAGGAACGCUCGUCCACAUAGCCUCACAGGUGGGCAUGGCCCCUGUCGGAUGACUUUCCGCGGCCACCGAUGCAAGUCGGGAAGUCGGGUCCAAGGGGCUGCUCCACCAGACCUGCACCAUGGGCUGCUGCUGCGACGGAUGCAGCGACGACGCCGACUCCAAGGUCCGGCCUGUGACCUCGACCAGCGAAACCAUCAGUUCCGAUGAAUCGGACCAGGUUUUCGUCAAACGAAGAUCAUGCACCGACUUAAUAGCCCUGAUUAUCCUAGUGGUCGUAAUUGCAUUCUACGGUUUCCUGAUUAGCACGGUCGUUAAGAAGGGAGACAUCUUCAGGAUAAUCAAUGGCUACGACGACUGUGCAAACGUCUGCGGUCGUGUCACAAAAUUCGAAAACGAUCCGAAGUUCUCCUGCAAAGGUGCGGACAUGACGAAACUGCCGUAUCUCAUGAUGACCGCUGGGGUGAAUGGUAUCAAGACGAGAACCUGCGUGGCCAAUUGCGACCCCAAAGUCCAUGUAAUAUUCCUAAACCGAUGCAUUCCGAGACAGGUGUCGGACAGCACGACGUCCUUAAUAAAGUCGAUGAACCUGCAGAAUUUUUUCUACGAGGCUGCGAGUGAUCUGUGCAGCGCCUGGCACGAAUUGGUUUACCUCCUGCUGAUCGCUCUGGCUAUUUCCCUGGGCAUCCUAAUCGCUUUUCGAUACUUGGUGGCAUACAUUAUCUACUUGGUACUUGCUGGAGCGGUGUUCAGCAGCAACGCCGGGGCCGGCUAUCUUUGGUACACGUGGUAUGACGAGAAAAAAGCCGUAAAAACGGGCAAGAUACACGAGGAAGAUGCGAGCGUGACGGAUUACUUAAUUUACUCGAUCCUAAUGACCAUUCUAGCCGUGAUAACGACCCUGGUGGUACUGGUAAUGCGAAAGAGAAUUGCCCUGGUAAUGCAACUGUUUCGAGAAGCCGGAAAGGCCGUCGCCUUUAUGCCCGUAAUACUUCUGCAGCCUGUAUACACUUACGCCUUAGUCGGGGUUUCCCUGAUUGCCUGGAUUUUUUGCAUGCUGUGGAUCGAGAGUGCAGGUGAUCUAUACGUCAACAGGAAAAAUCACUUCCACUACAAGAAAGAUACUUAUAUCCUGGUGGCUAGAUGGUACAAUUUCUUUGUCUUUUACGUAAUGUGCGAAUUCUUCCUCGGAUGUCAACACAUGGUCAUAGCAGGUGCAGUGUCGCGGUGGUUCUUCAAAAGGGAUAAGAGUAGAUUGUCAUUUGCCGUGAUAAGGAGUUUCUGUACAUUAAUGAGGUACCACUUGGGUACCGUGGCUUUCGGAGCAAUGGUCAUCGGUCUGGUGCGACUGAUUAGAACAAUGCUCUCCUUCAUACAAAAUCGGCUUAAGAAAUUCGACAACCAGUUCGUAAAAGGUAUCCUAUGGUGCUGUCACUGUUGCCUAUGGUGUUUCGAAUGUGCCUUGAAAUUUCUCACGAGAAAUGCGUACAUAGAGACCGCAAUAUAUGGGUGCAAUUUCUGCACAGGCGGUAAAAAAGCCUUCCAGGCAUUGUCGAAUAAUAUCCUAAGAGUGGCCGCGAUAAACAGCGUGGGGGAUUUUGUCCUCUUCCUAGGGAAAAUUCUCGUCGUCGCCCUGACAAUCGUCGCCGGUGUAUACUUAAUGCAGAAAAAGCAUGGGCUCCAUCACCCGUGGGUGCCAAUCGCGGUGGCGGCGUUUUUUGCAUUCAUCGUAGCCCAUUGUUUCAUCUCGAUUUACGAGAUGGUCAUAGACACGAUCUUUAUUUGUUUCUGCGAAGAUUGUGCAAAGAACGACGGAGUGACCCGACCGUAUUUCAUGAGCCGUCGUCUUAUGGAAUUCGUGGAGAACAGUAAAAAAGCCUUGCAGCUUUUGGAGAAGCGAGAGCGAUCAGGUGGCUCGCAGUGAAUUUCUGACAAGGAGACUGAAAGGGACCGGCCAUUAAAAAGUACGGUCCAGAUAUUGGUACCUGGAACGCCCCUAAUUACCGUAAAAGUACGACUGAUCACUGAUAAGAGUAGCGAGGCGUGAUCGAAUGAUUUUUUAAGAGGGUCGCCAAAGGUUAGCGACAGAUAGUUUAACACGUUUCCGAUAACAAGCGGUUGGCAGUCUUAUCAUCGAGUCUCGUUAAAGUCCACACUCUAUAUACAUAAAUAUAUUCUUAUAGGUACAUGAUACUCCUAUUAAAAAAUACUGCCCUCCCCCGUAAACUCGCGCCUAUCCUCGAAACCCCCGACCUAUCGAUAUGUAACAAUUGCGAGAUUAUAGCAAUAACUUUAUUCCAUUUAAAUGGAUCCGAGGACUGUCAAAGCGCAAGGUUAUCAGUCAAACGCAGAGUAGCACCGAGUAUAUAUAUAUAAAUAUGUAUAUUCAUAUCGUGUCAUAUCAUGCGAACACGCGUUUCGAAGCAUGUA